AUGUGGUUCCUCUUGUUGAUUUCCGUCUUCGCAACGGCUGUGGCAGCGGAUGAGGCUCCUUGCACUGCCCUUGCCGAGAACUCGGGGUCUCUGGGCCUCAACGGAACAGUCCUGACGAACUCAACCUGGAUCCCGGCAGGAGCCAAGAAUGUGUCAGGGACCCUCAACACAGCGGCAUUUUGUGAAGUGACCGGCAAGGUAUCCUACUCUUCAAACAACUAUGUCGUUUUCGAAGCCUGGCUGCCCGAAGAAACUGCGUACAAUGGCAGAUUCCUCGCUGUUGGAAAUGGAGGAAUGGCAGGCACAAUUGACGAAGCUGCACUUGUGGAGAACCUGAACAGCGGAUAUGCGGUUGCCGGGGGAGACAGCGGACACCGAGCUGCGGACAACAACGGGGUUUACAUCCCGUACUUGCAUGACCAAGACCAAAUCCUCGCCUGGAUCCACAACUCGAUUGCCUACUUCACACCUCCUGCCAGAACAAUUGUCGAGGCCUACUACGAGAGUGCUCCGAAGUAUAGCUACUACAAAGGGUGCUCUACGGGCGGUGCUCAAGCCUUCGCGCUGGCGCAGUAUCACCCAGAGCUGUUUGACGGAAUUGUGGCCGGGUGUCCCGGAAAUUGGUACUCUCAUCUUACUCUGUCGUUCCUGUGGAAUGCACAGGCCUCUGAAGGCACAGGCUUGGAAGACGAAACCGGUGGCCAAGCGAUCCUCGACUUCAUCGAAAGCGCCGUGUUGGCCCACUGCGACGAACUUGAUGGUGUCAAGGAUGGUCUCAUCGAAAACCCCUUGACCUGCGACUUCGACAUCACCACGCUGGCAUGCGAUCCCACAGCUGCCAACGCAAGACAAUGCCUCUCACAAUCGCAGGUCGCCGCCUUCCAGAAGAUAUACGACGGCCCGCGCAACUCCACCGGACACAGCCUCUACCCAGGCUUCGCAUUCGGCAGCGAGAACGAGCUCAUCCAGCAGACAUCCGGGUCACUGUCCGACUCUUUCACCGCCUCGAUCCUGCAGAACGUGGUCUUUGACAACCUCACCUACGACGUCAACUCUUUCGACUGGGACACAGAUGUCGCGCUGAUCGACCAGCGCGUGGGGACCCUCAUCGACGAGAUCAGCCCGGACCUAUCGGCCUUCCGCGCCAGGGGCGGCAAACUCCUGGUGACGCAGGGCUGGGCCGACCCGUACAAUGCGGCGACGUGGCCGAUUGACCACAAGCAGCAGUUGGAGGAUGCCAUGGGAGGUGAUGUCUCGGACUGGUUCUCCCUGUUUAUGCUGCCCGGCGGCGGUCACUGUGAGGGAACGCUGAGCCACAAGUCGACACCACAGAGGCCACAUUCGCUGGAGAAGCUCGUCGAGUGGGUCGAGACGGGGGAGGCGCCUCGGGACAUGCUCUUCAGCAACCCACCUGAUGGCGGCAAUAUGACUCGGAAAGCAUGUCCCUGGCCAAGCACUGCCGAGUACGUUGGCGGAAACACCGACGACUGGUCAUCAUUUGUCUGCAGCAUCUCGUAG